UGGAAGCGCUUGUUGCCCUGCAUCAUGGCAUGCAGGCGGUGAGGCGGCAAGUCAGGGAGGGAGGGAGCAGAGAGGACAUGGCGUGAACAACAACGAGCGAUCAGAUUAGCGAGAGAUAGAGAGAGAUGGCAGUGAUGAAGCUCACGAGGAGACCAGGAAGUCGACAGUGAGGCGGCAGUCGGAUCACUAGCGGCAGGGCAGAAGCGUCAGACAGUUUGUACAAGUCGAGAUGUCUCGACCAUCAUCAGCCCACAACGUCACGAGGAACAACAGCUUCUCCCUUGACUUUAGCCUGUGCGAUCCUCCCGUCGACAUCCUCCCUCCUUCUCCUCCUCGCUCCAAGAGCACCAUCCCGCAUGCCCCCUUCCUGUUCACCAACCUCGCCAAGAGCGCUUUCCUCACUGUCAAGUCGGAGAGGCCCGAGAGUGCGGAGUAUUCGAGUGGAAGAGACCGAGGGGGUUCACAGGCUGGAAGCUUCUCAAUGGGACGACCUCGAAGAAAGUUCGCGAUGAAGGGCGAGGGCUCGAUCAACGAUCGCUCCUUCAGAUCAGGAAGAGACUCAGCGCCACCAUACACGUCAUCCUCUUCGAUGCCCAUCAACUUGAUGCAGAUUCUCUCUCAGAGUAAAUUCAAGAGAGUGGGCAGCAGUCAAUCCAAGAUGAGCAACAGCAGGUCCUUACACAAGAAGCCAGAGAUCAGAGCCCUGGAAGCGGAGCAGCGAAGUAUCGAAGCUGAGCAGAAGGCGGCGGAGAGGCAGAUGUUUGAAAAGCACAAAGAGGAGGCCGUCGAGUACAAUAUGCAACUCACAAAGCAGUACAACGACCUGAAAAAGCAGAGGACGGAUUUAGAGAGGCAAUAUGCCCUGCUGAUCGACAGAAAGGCUGCAAUCGAUGCGGAGGCAAGGAGUGAAGACAGGAAAAGCAUUUUGCACAACGAACACAGGAUACAGGACCUAGAAGCGAAGCUCGAGUACUGGACUGAGGCGUUACGGGAAGAAGAAUCAUACACCAAGACGCUGCUGCACAUGCAGACAAGAUGCGCGUCGGAGAAGCACUCGAGAGACAUUGAGACGAUGAACUUCAAAGACCUGCUGGACAACCACGACCAUGACAUCCGAGCGUUGCAAGUCAGGCUGCAAGAGGCCAAGAAUGAACGCGACGCAGCGGAGCGCCAGGUGUCGGACUACUACGAGCAGAUGCAACUUUACAGGGAGAGGAGGGAGGAGAGGUUGGCAGAGCGAAGAAGAAAAGUGCAAAAGAUGCAGCUCAAAGACGAGGCGUUGAAGAAGCUGAUCGCAGAGGAGGAGGAGCUCGCCCGGCAAAAGAACCUACAGGACCUGGCUGCCAACAAGGAGGCAGUAGCCCAGCAGCGGCAGAAAGACAAAUUCCACUCCAGGCUAGAGGAUGCGUUCCAGAAGAUGAUGAGCAUCUCCGGGAUACAAACGCUGGAGGAGCUCCAGGACGCGAUUCUGAAUCGCGAUCAGAAGCAGCAGCAUUUUGAAACGCUGCUGGAGCACAACAAGAACCGAAUCGACGAGCUCUCAGACCUGAAGCGUGAGCUCGAACAAGAGCUGAUGAAGAUCAAGUACAGCGGAAGUGCCAACGAUGCUGAGCGAGAGGAGGUCGAAGAAGUGAUUCAACAACUAUCGAAUAUGCGACGAAAGAUCGGGGACAUGCAAGCAAAACAAUUGUUUCUCGAAUCUUUGCUCAUCAAGAUCAGAUCUGGGAUGGAAUUCCUGGCAUCAAAACUUGUUCAUAUUGAGGUGGACAGGAAGUCGCCGAAAGACGAGUCGAUGGUGGUGGUGUCGCAAGUCGAUUUGAACGCGUCCUCGGAGGAGACCAGCCUGCAGUGGACGGAGAUGCCGUCCAACGUGGAGAGCGCGGGAGACUUGAGCCUGAGCCAGGUGGUGCAGGGAGGCAGCUUCGAGGAGACUCUCAACGACCCCGAGCACAUGCUGGCUAUGAAGAAGGUGGAGCACCCGAGGUUCGGGGUCGUGGCGAUACUGUUGGAGACCUCCGACAAGCUGGCGAACGUUUACAGCUACCUCAAGAGGGUCCAGGGAGAAGUUCCGCCUCAGGAGGAGGCGAGCAUCAGGAGCCUCAAGGGAGCUCACGAGAUGCCGGUGGGGCUGAUAGACCUCAAGAACAACUACCGCCUGCCGCUGUCUCGGGUCAACCGCAGCCCCAGGAGGGCGCAGGAGGAGGACGACCAUGCGGAGACGGAUGACCGCAACGCGAUCAAGCUGAAGUCGGAGAGGAUCGUAGCUCGAAAGAAGAGAGAGCUUGCAUCUCGCUUCGAUGAGUUCGGGAAUGAGAUUGUGGUAGAGAGCAAACCGAAGAAGAAGUGAGAUAGUUACACAUGUACCAUACCUUUAGACCUUCAUUAACAACUUAAACUUCUCCGUCUAUUU